GCCGAAUGUGGACUCUUUCAAGUGCCGCGAAUGUGCGAAUGUGGUAGGGAAUACAAAUGCAUGCCACCGAGUGGAGAGCAUGGUCAAAUCUGGUAUAAACACAUGUCGGCGGGCUCGACAGAUUGACAAGAUGCACGUCUCGUCGUCGUCCUUCCUCGGGUCGUCUGUCUCCUCCUCGUUGCGUGUAAGCUCAUACCGGCCGCGACAAUGAAGUUUCUCGGUGCCACAGCGGCUCUGCUGCUCUCCCUGGCUGCAUCCGCCGCCGCCAGCCUGGUUGAGGAGAGGGAGACGGCGGUCGCCGCCAACUCCACCUUUCCCUCGGUGGACGGCCUCAGGUUCAAGAUCGACGGCGUGACCAAGUACUAUGCGGGAACCAACUCGUACUGGAUCUCGUUCCUCGAGAACCCAGCCGAUGUCGAUUUGGUCCUCGACAACCUUGUCCGGUCCGGGCUGAAGGUGCUCAGGAUCUGGGGCUUCAGCGACGUCAACACCAAGCCGACGAACGGGGCGCCCUACUUCCAGUAUCUCUCCUCCUCCGGCUCCGAGAUCAACACGGGCCCCAACGGCCUGCAGCGUCUCGACGCCGUGGUCGCCUCGGCCGAGAAGCGGGGGAUCAAGCUGAUCAUCAACUUUGUCAACAAUUGGGACGACUUUGGUGGCAUCAAAGCUUACACCAGCGCCUUUGGCGGCGACCACAACGGAUGGUUCACCAACUCCAAGGCCCAGGAGCAGUACCGCAACUACAUCCAGGCCGUCGUCUCCCGAUACGCCAAGAGCCCCGCCGUCUUCUCGUGGCAGCUGGCCAACGAGCCCCGGUGCAGGUUCUGCAGCACCGAUGUCAUCUACAAGUGGGCCGAGGAGACGUCCCGCUACGUCAAGUCCCUCGACCCGGACCACAUGGUCUCCCUCGGCGACGAGGGCUUCGGCCUGCCGGGGGGCAACAUCCUGACCCUGUACCCCUACUCGCACAUCGAGGGCGUCGACUUUGCCCGCAACCUCGAGAUCAAGACGCUGGACUUUGGAACGUUCCACUGGUACCCCGAAUCAUGGCUCCAGUUCAAGAGCGCCGGUGCCGACUGGGUCAAGAACCAUGCUGCAGCCUGCAAGAAGGCCGGAAAGCCUUGCCUGUUUGAAGAGUACGGCUCAAAGAACGAGCACUGCAAGAACGAGAAGCCAUGGCAAGACGCUGCCAUCAGCUCCGAGGGGAACGCCGUGGAUCUCUUCUGGCAGUGGGGAGACACGAUCAGCACCGGCAAAACCCACGACGACUCGUACACUAUUUACUACGGCUCGAGUGACGCGCAGUGCAUUGUGACGGAUCACGUUAAUGCUAUCAACGCCAUGUCGUGACCGACAUGACGACGGGACCCAGGGUAUCUAGGGUGCUAUCGCAAUAAUAACGGUUAGCAGUUUCAAAGAAGCUAUCCGAGGUAUUCGUCAGUCCAGACUAAUGUUUGCAAUCUUGUUGUCCGUUCAAACCCGGCAGGGUACACCUCAUCAUUGCC